CAAAGGACCCGUCCAAUCCGCCUUUUUAUUUGAAGUUAGCGCAGACCGAGCCGACAGCGGCUAGCAGUAAUACUGCUUCCUAAUUAGUUCGGUUUUUGUUUAGAAUUAGUUCUUUUAGAGUUUUUGUUUAGAGUUAGGGAUGCCACUACCUUGAAAAAGUAUGCUGUGACUUUGUAUCUACUGUUUAACUGUGGUUCACUACCUCAUCUCAACGUUGUUGUUGUCAACUUAUUGAUACCCCAAGAGCAAAUAAGAGAGGGCAACUUAGAAAAGGAGAGAGCACGGAGUUAUUUAUUAUUCACUUCUCACUUAUAAUUCUCUACUGGAGCCCAAAUAUAACGAGAACGGGGCACUUGCAAGCUCCCUGUAUACGGAACCCUUCCUCUGGCAUCUGUAUGUAUACAAUUGAGCGUUCGAACUUCGGAAAAUGACUCCAACCGAAAUUGAUGACCACGUUCAACACAAACUUUUAGGUGUUGCCAGCAAUUGAGUCGUGUAUAGAGCACAAAAUGGCAGAGACUGCGCUCUACCAGAUAGCUUCCCAGCUUCCCGCGAUAUGUCGAGACAUUACACCUAACAUCUACCCGCCAUCCAACUAUUCCGUCAUCCAUUGUGCGUGUCCAAGUUGCUGUGGCACGAAUGCUCAACCGCUAUUCUCAAGUACCUACAAUUCAGCACCGAUCACCCGCUCAGGCUCCUCGGCCUAUUCAAGUUCUCUGCAUAGUAGUCGAAAUGUACUCCAAGCGUCGUACCAUCCUUAUCCUAUGGCGUACGAAUCGCCAUAUCACUCUUCGUCAACAUCAUGUUCAUCACAUUCUCCGUUUUUCGCAGUUCGCGAGAUGUCAAAGCCCGAGAAUAAUGUCGCGGCCCUCAACUGGCGCCGAUUGCAUUUGUCCCGCGCGAAGCUCAAGGCUAGUUCGAGGACGUCGGCGCUUCUCAGCGGGUUUGCUAUGGUUGCGAUGGUAGAAAUCAACCUGCCGCCCGGGAUUCCGGAGCCGCUGUUAAUCGCCUUCUGCGUUUGUACCACUUUACUUGUCUCGGUUCAUAUGCUCGCAUUGAUGAUCUCAACGUGCAUCUUACCAAAUCUUGAGGCAGUCGCCAGCAUACAUGGCAUAGUUGCUGUAAACGAGUCACCCCAUGAAAAGAUGCACUUGUACAUCGAGGCUGCCUGGGGCUUCAGUACCGUUUUUGGAAUCCUCCUAUUUAUGGCGGAAAUUGCAAUUAUCUGCUGGGUAGUCUUCAUCAAAGUUUCAAUUAAGGCUGCUUUAGCUGGAACGAUCAUCUUAAUUCCCGUUGUGAUGCUUUUCACCGCGUUCGCCUUACACUUCUAUCGAAAUCUAGUCGCGCAUAAAUUUGAACGAAGCGCGCAGACUGUCCAGGAGUUGGAAGAUAUGGUAAACCAGCUUCAGAGUGGGACGCAGCAUAGUCUGGGUGGAGGCUCUCAGGUGUUACACGUUUAAACGGUGUCAAGCUAUCAUAAAAUAUGCAGUCAUUUUUAGCGAUAAACAAAAUAAGUAAAACACAAAGCUGAACAAAUAUGUGAGCGUGUCAGCCCCAAUGGGACCUGUGUGGUGUGCAGAGACAAUAGCCCUGCAGCGUUAUAUCCAAGAAGAAAGUAAAUAUCAAGGCUUAGCAGAUAUGAUCGUUUUAAUGCCAUUUUCAGCGUCAGGCGUCCAUGCAAUAGUAAGGACCUAUAUGAGGACUUGAAGGAGAAGUUGGCUAACACGAACUAAUAGCUAAGAAUUGAACUCGAAAUGAAAGAAUAAAACUUUAUUACAUAACGUC